AUGCCUCUCGAUCUCGAUGAGAUACUGCGCAAAAAGAAGGCAGCUGAUGCCGCUGCCGCGAAACCCCGAUUUAUUCCCAAGGCAGAACGAGAGCGACUAGCGGCUGAGAAAGCAAAGAAGGAAGAAGACGACAAGAAGCGCAAAGCUUCCGAAGACGAGCAAAGAAGAAAAGAUGAAGAACAGAAAUGGAGAUCAAAUGGUUCAUCAAGACCUAACGAUGCAAACGGAUCUUCACGCGUACCUACUGGUCCCAGAUCUAUGAACGAUGGGCGAGACGACCGAGAUCGAGAUAGAGAUCGUGAUCGCGACCAAGGCCGUGGAAGAGGACGAGGAAAGGAUAGAAAAGGCGACAAGCAGGGAGUGCCUGUUGAUAAGCAAUCUGCAGAGGACAUCGAAGCUACCCUUCUACGAUCUCGAUACCUUGGCCCCCAAGUGAAUCAGCAAUCCAACUUUUCGGCAAAGAAGAAGCGAAUGCGAACGACGGAGAAGAAGUUCAAUUUCGAAUGGGACGCAGAUGAAGAUACAUCUCGCGACAACGAUCCCCUAUACGACCGAAAGACCGCUCUUAGCCACAAUGGAUCAUUUGCUGGUAUCGGCGGCGAGUUCGAUGACGGCGCUGAAGAACGAGCGCGCAAACGAGCGCGAAUGAUCGAGGAAAGAGACCCAGAAAAUGGCAGAGAGAGAGCAGAGGGUAUCAUGGAGGACUUUUUCCGAGCUCGCGACAAGGCAAGGCAGCGAGCUGAUCGUAGAGGAUUGGGUAAGCACUGGUCUGACAAGUCGCUGGAUGAUAUGCGCGAAAGAGAUUGGCGCAUCUUCAAGGAGGACUUUGGUAUCGCUACCAAGGGCGGCAUGAUUCCCAACCCCAUGCGCAAUUGGCAAGAGUCGAGUCUGCCGAAACGCUUACUCAACAUCAUCGAAGAUGUCGGAUACAAGGAGCCAUCACCCAUUCAACGAGCCGCUAUUCCUAUUGCCCUGCAAGCUCGCGAUCUUAUCGGUGUCGCCGUCACCGGUUCAGGAAAGACCGCUGCGUUCCUUUUACCGCUACUUGUCUACAUCUCCGAUCUACCGCCCCUGGAUGAAAUCAACAAGAACGAUGGUCCCUAUGCUCUUAUUAUGGCCCCUACUCGAGAACUGGUUCAGCAAAUUGAAACCGAAGCCAGGAAAUUCGCAGGUCCUCUGGGUUUCCGUGUUGUGAGUAUUGUUGGUGGUCACCAAAUUGAAGAGCAAGCAUACAACCUGCGUGACGGUGCCGAAAUUGUUGUCGCCACACCUGGUCGUCUGCUAGAUUGUAUUGAGCGUCGACUGCUUGUCCUGUCACAAUGUUGUUACGUUAUCAUGGAUGAAGCCGAUCGUAUGAUUGAUCUUGGUUUCGAGGAAUCGGUCAACAAGAUUCUUGACGCACUACCAGUCACAAACGAGAAGCCAGAUACUGAGGAAGCAGAAGAUGCACAGAUGAUGCAGCGUUACUUAGGUGGCAGGGAUCGUUACAGACAAACUAUGAUGUACACGGCCACCAUGCCGCCUCUUGUGGAGAGAAUUGCAAAGAAGUAUCUCCGUCGCCCGGCCAUUGUCACCAUCGGUAACGCAGGCGAGGCCGUUGACACAGUUGAGCAACGUGUCGAGUUUGUUUCCGGCGAAGACCGUCGCAAGAAGAGACUCCAGGAGAUUCUCGCCUCAGGUGCCUUUGGACCACCUAUUAUUGUCUUCGUCAACAUCAAGCGAAACUGUGACGCGGUUGCUCGAGACAUCAAGCAAAUGGGCUGGUCUGCUGUUACACUGCACGGUUCAAAGACCCAAGAACAGCGAGAGGCAGCCCUCCUCUCUGUGCGCGACGGCCACACACAGGUUCUUGUGGCGACAGAUCUCGCAGGUCGUGGUAUCGAUGUACCCGACGUUUCUCUCGUAGUCAACUUUAACAUGGCUACGAACAUCGAGAGCUACACCCAUCGUAUCGGUCGUACAGGUCGUGCUGGCAAGAGUGGUGUGGCCAUUACGUUCCUGGGUCCAGAGGAUACUGACACCAUGUACGAUCUCAAACAGAUCCUGAGCAAGAGCUCCAUCUCCAAGGUUCCUGAGGAAUUGAGAAGACACGAGGCCGCCCAAUCGAAGCCGGUUCGUGGCGCAAAGAAAGACAAGGAUGAAGGGCCUGGAAAGGGAAAUUGGCAGCAUUAA